AUGGAGCUACACAGCUUGCAAGAGGCGUUAAAAGUGGAAAUCCAAUGUCAUCAGAAACUAGUUGCACAGAUGAAGCAAGAUCCACAGAACGGGGAUCUUAAGAAACAACUCCACGAAAGGCAAUCAAGAAUAGCAGCUCUUAAUGAGAAACAAAAGCUGGCGGUGCGGAGCUGCCCCGCGGCCGUGCUGGUGGGCAGCGGCGCCAGCGGCAGCGCCAAGCCCGGCGGCGUCCCGGCGCUCCUCAAGGCACCCGGCGGCGGCGGCGGCGGCGGCGGGAGCCCCAGCGGCAGCCCCGGGCAGAGCCUGGCCAUCUCCGUCCUGCCGGCCAGGGCUCCCAUCGCGAUGGUGACGGCGCACCUCAACGGCGGGCUGGGCUGCAGCGCCGCGGGCGUGGAGCCCCCGCAGACCGCCCCCAUCAACCUGCAGACCACGGCCAAGCUGCUCGGCGCCCGCCGCCCGCCCGAGCUCGGCUCCAACGCCCAGACUUUGGGAACUAUCACUGCAGUGCCCAUUAAGGUUCCUCAGGUCAGCUCCUUGCAGAGGUUGGCAGGACAAGGACCAGCAGUGCUACCUCAGGUUAGGCCAAAGACCCUGAUUCCAGACAGCCUCCCUAUCUCCCCGUGCAGAGACCAGCCUUCCAAGCAGCCUCCUACCUUCCAGAAGGCAACCGUAGUCAGCAUCAAGAACCCCAGCCCUGCCCUCCCCACCGCCAAUAACACCGUCAGCCAUGUACAGACGCCUAACAGCCAGCCACAAAGUGUCACCGAGUCUACAGCUAUUUCAUCACCUCUGAGCAGUGCAGGUGUGGCGUACGCCAUCAUUUCCACCUCCCCCAACAAUGCAACUCCUAUCAGCACCAGCGCGACUGUCUCUGUGGUCAACGACAGCAUUAAAGUGCAACCACUCCUCAUUAGUGCCGACAGCAAGGUUAUCAUUAUUCAGCCUCAAGUCCAAACCCAGACAGAAAGUAAAGUGGAGACAAAGAAACCUCCUGAAGAGUCAGCUCAGGGACCCCCUGCUACCAAAAAGAAAAAGGAGGAAAAUCCAGAGAAAAUUGCCUUCAUGGUAGCAUUAGGACUGGUUACAACAGAACAUUUGGAAGAAAUCCAGAGCAAGCGUCAGGAAAGAAAGAGAAGAAGCACAGCAAAUCCAGCCUACAGUGGACUCUUGGAAACAGAGCGGAAACGCCUUGCAUCAAAUUAUUUGAAUAACCCCUUGUUCCUUUCCACAAGAGCAAAUGAGGAUCCAUUCUGGAAGAAUGAGAUCCACCACGAUGAACACUGCACUGCUUGCAAGCGUGGCGUUAACUUGCAGCCCUGUGGCACAUGUCCCAGAGCAUAUCACCUCAACUGCUUGGACCCCCCCCUCAAAACUGCCCCCAAGGGGGUUUGGGUCUGUCCAAAGUGCCAACAGAAGGUGUUAAAGAAAGACGAUAAUGUGCCAUGGACUGGAACUCUGGCUAUUGUUCACUCCUAUGUUACUCAUAAAACAGUCAAAGAAGAAGAGAAGCGAAAGUUAUUAAAGAGAAGCAGUGAGCUGAAGAGUGAGCACAGACAGUUAGAAGAAAAAGAUCGGCUUCUCAACAACGCAGUGAAGAAAUGCUUAGAGCUAAAAACCAGCCUGUUGGCCCAGCAGAAAGGGACUCAGUCAUCACUGGAACGUCUCAAAACCCUCAUUAGACUGAUACAAAACGAGCAGAUGAUUCAGGUUACCAUGACGACCACCACCACCUCCUCCCUGCUAACUGUGCCCUGGAUCAAACCCUCCUCUGCCUCUGCUGCCAUGCACAAAGCCUUGCAGCAAUCACAGGGUAACAACUGACAGAGCCAGCCGCGAGAGAGCGAAGGAAGGGGGGAAAAAACUUUAUACACAUGCGCAGAGGAGAGAUUAAACUGAAACAAAGGAGAGAAGGAACAAUCUCAGUUUUGAUACGCGUAGAAACUUGGAAACCCAUCAGUCCAGUUUGUAGGUCACUGUGGCAGCAGGUUCCCACGGAGCGGGUCGUGCUGCGGUUUUGUAUUUGCCGAGACCUUCAGUGCUUAUGAGAUUUUUUUUGUUAUGUUGGCCUUAAUGUAUUUAUGACUAAGGAGGAAGAGGAAGAGCAUGGCCGAUAGGAAGCGGGAUAGCCUUUUGUGGGGGGCAGACAGGUUUCCAGUUCUGCUUUAAGGGGAAAAUUGUCAAUGCAAAGAGUUAGUGAGCUAGUAGAGAAGUAGUUGGGCUGAAAGCCCUUUGUGGGAGGGAAAUCGGUGAGAUAACCAUGAAACUGAACUACUUAGGACUUGACAUGGAUUCUAAUCAGAGGAACAAAGUUGGCCCCGUUGAUUCAGGCGACCUGGAGAUGGGGCCGUUUUGACCAGAACGGCGUCACGGACACUCACAGAGCCUUCGCAACAAAAGAUCUGGGUUUUUUCAGUAUUAUUAGAGUUGAGAAUUGCAGAUAUUUAAAUAAAGAAACUGUAUGAAGUUAGCGUUUCUAGUAAAAUAUUGAAGUAUUUUCAUGCUGAUGCUUCUGUAUAUGCGUUCCGAAGUAUUUAAAGAAGUAUGACUGUAAAACUCCUUACUUUUUUGCAGGUCCUUUUUACUUAUUUUGCUAUCGGUGUAUUUUUCUCAUGGAGUUUUUGUGCAAGAUUUAGCAUAAACCAUGGUAGUGGAUAUCUUUGGCAGGUUGGGUUUCGUUUU